CUCUCCAAGAACAGUUUGCCAUGUCCUACCUGACCCUUGCCGUGCUGCUGCACUGGGCCACCGCUGCAAUUGCUCCCGCGCACGCGGGCGCCAGCGCGGGCGCGCAGCGCGCGCGGCCGGUGAUCAUCAGCACCGAUCCAGGCAUCGACGAUGCCAUCGCUCUGCUCCUGGCGCUGAGCUCGCCGGAGUUGGAGCUGCGCGCCAUCGGUAUCAACUUCGGAUCGUUGAAGAACACCACGCAGCUGGCGCAGAAUGCCUUGACGGUGUUGGCGCUCGCCGGGCGGGAGGACGUGCCGGUCUAUUUGGGCGCCGAGCGCCCGCUGUCCCAGCCCUUCCAUGACCUGGGCGGCCCCAAGUUCCACGGCACGGACGGUCUCGGAGGCGCUUAUCGAGCGGCUCUUCCACCUUCACUGGCCGUGAAUCGUUCCAUGAGUGCCGCGGAGUUCAUCGUGCAUGCCUGCCGCCACGACGCGUCCCCCAAGCCGCCGCUCUUGGUGUCGCUCGCGCCCUUGACGAACGUGGCCUUGGCCUUGAACCUGGAGCCGCGGCUGCCGGAGCUGUGCCCGGACUUGUACUUGAUGGGUGGUACCGUGCUCGCCCCGGGCAACGUGGGCUUUCUCUCCGAGGCCAACGUGGCCAACGACCCGGAGGCCGCGGCGCGGGUGCUCUCGGCGGGCUUCCACACGCGCGUGGCCGGGCUGGACGUGACGAUGGCCACCUGGCUUUCACACAGCUUCCUGGCAUCGCUACAAGACCUGAAUGUCGCAGGCUCCUUCAUUUGGAACAUCACCCGCUUCUACGAGCGCGCGCACCAUGAACUGGCGGGCUUUGAGGGUGGCAUGCCACUCCAUGACCCCAGCACCUUGCUGAUGUUCCUGCAAGAGAGGAGCUACGAGCUGAAGCGUUGGCCGGUCUGGGUGGAUACCUCGCCGUUCCCCUCGGUGAGCCGCGGCCUGAUGUUGCCCGAUCGCCGCGGCGGUCCGCUGAGCCCCCCGCCGCCGCGCGACGCCACGGUGCACUUCGGCAUGUCUGUGAACGCCACCAGCGUCCGGCAGCUGCUGCGCGCGCGCAUUGCAGCCACAUCGGCGGAGUUCGAAUGACACAAGGAGGGCGGUGACGUGGGCAUCCAGGACCCGACCCGAUCAGAUCCCAAAAAGAGCGACGGAGCGCAGCGACCGGAGCGACGGCAUGCGGCGUGAGCCGCUGAGCCGCUCGCUGCGGGCAGGGGGGGGGCGGGCAGAACAGCAGC